UUUCUUUUGGGUUGGUCCCUCACGAGCACUGGGUCCAGCCGGACUGGAUAGAUGAAGGACGAGCUCAGGAGGGACGCAAUAAACUUGUGCGACAAGGUGUAAUUUAUGGCGGCAAUCGUUAGUUAUCGCAAUAUGUGUCGGUUUAAUUCAGGGUUCUUUUUCCGCCAUGAACUCUUAACGCCAUAUAAAUGGUACUGGAGAGUAGAGCCCGAUGUUAGAUACUACUGUGACCUGGAUUAUGACCCCUUCCUAUUCAUGGAGGAUCAUGACAAAAUUUAUGGCUUCACGAUAUCCAUGCCAGAAUGGGAACCAACUAUACCCUCGCUAUGGUCCACGGUGAAAAACUUCGUCGCGGAAUAUCCUCAAUAUGUGUCACCAGACAACUCAAUGGAUUUUCUAUCUGACAAUGCGGGCGAUUCUUACAACAUGUGUCACUUUUGGUCAAACUUCGAGAUCGCAGAUAUGGAUUUCUGGAGAGGCGAAGCCUACACGAAAUUUUUCGAGUACCUUGAGAACACAGGAGGCUUCUACUACGAGAGAUGGGGAGACGCACCUGUUCAUAGCAUCGCCGCAGCCUUAUUUACGCGCAAGGACCAAAUACAUUUCUUUAAGGAUAUAGGUUAUAAACACGCUGAAUUCGCUCAUUGUCCGCAGGGUAAACAGUGGCGGGAAGGACACUGUUCGUGUGAUCCAAACGAUAACUUCGAUUUUGCCCAAAAUUCGUGCCUCAGGCACUUUAUGCGGUUGCACGAUUAGAUUGAUUGAAUGUACUAGUAGACGUACGACUUUAUAUGUGUAUUUCUACCAUAGGCCACUGUAGACUACUACAGGGUAAACUAAUCUAAGUCGUUUGAUCCCAGUAAUAAUGCAUAUUUUCAUGACCAUGACUACAUAUAUUAAUCAGGCACGGUCAACAGGGACGAUAUGUAGCGAUGUGUGCUGACUGGACCAAACAUCGAGAGAGGAGAUGAAGG